AUGGCUGGCCGGCUCUCGAUUGCGAUAGCACUGCUUGCCGUGCUAUUCGGCUAUGUGUACAACGCCUACGUGCAACGCUUCAUCCAAGUGUCUGGCAUGUUUCGAGAGCCUGGGAGCACUGAACUGGCUCCCGGAGAUUUUGUGGUAAUCAAUGGCACGAUAGGCUGUGAGGACUUGCAUUUCCAUGAGCCAAGCGGCCUCAUCUUCACUGCUUGCGAAGAUGAUGUCGCCAGUCGUCGAAAAUGGUUUCCUCCAAUUGAACAUUUUGCCAAUCCGUCGACGGAAAGGAUGAGAGGAAAGCUUGAAGUUAUUGAUCCCAAGACGUUCAGAGCAAAGGUCCUAGAGCUCGAAGGCUUCAGCGGCCCCUUUGUAACCCAUGGCAUCGACGUGAUUGAUGAUCCGGAGAAGCCCCAAGGCGAGGCGGUUUACAUAUUUGCCGUCAACCACAAGCCCAAUCCGGAGCACUAUGGUGAGAAUGGCAACGCAAAGGCGCCCAAGUCGCAUUCGGUGGUAGAGCUCUUCCACCAUGUUCUCGGCUCCGACAAGGCACGAUAUGUCCGCACAAUAUGGCACCCCCUCAUUGUCACGCCGAACGACAUCUUUGCCGAGUCCCCAACGUCCUUUUUCGUGACGAAUGACCACUAUUACACGGAUGGGCUGCUACGGAACAUCGAGACCGCGCUGCCCUUGGCCAGGUGGACCAACGUACUCCACGUCAGGCUCGAGAACCUGGGGUCGGCUGGGGAUGAAGGUGGUGACAGCGCAGGCGUCCAUGCGUCGAUUGCGCUGGAGAAGCUGCAUAACCUGAACGGGAUGGGCCAUGCAAGAGGUAGCGACGAGGUACUGGUAACGUCGUGCGGCAGCGGGCUAGUACACGUGGGCGAAAUCAGGGGGGAGGCCGAUGAUACUGGCAACAAGGUCAUCCGGGUGAAGGAGUCGAUUGAGUUUGCGUCGCCCGUCGACAAUCCGAGUUACUUUAGGGAUCCAUAUGCGAACAGUACGUUUGAUGCCAGCGGCAUUGUUUCCUCUGGACCGACGAGAGGGAUCGAUUUCUUUGAGAGUAAGGGCAAGGAGGUCGUUCUGGAUCCCAACAUGGUUUGGAAGGCCACUCCCAGGUCCGGCAAAAGAGAAACAGAUGGACAAGGUGAGCGGGAUGGCUCUAGUAUAACCGGCGGUGGAAAGGACUGGGAGGUCAGUUUAAUCUUUCAGGACGAUGGGCGGAGACUCCGAACUUCUAGUGCUUCCGUUUUGGUGGCCAUUGAUCCUAGCGAAGAGGGAGGCAGACGCCGGGCGUGGCUGUUUGUGACGGGCUAUCAGGCUUCAAGCGUCAUUGCUGUCAAGGUUGAUCUGUAA